CUCAGCGCUCGCUGUAUGUUUGUACUGAGUGCCACUCAAUACAAUCAUAUAAGCAUCUGAGACUAGAAUCGUGCUGAACAGCCCUCGGCAGCAUGGAAAUACAUGUGCAGCAUGACCUGAAUGUUCUGCACGUUAACCCUCAACCUCUUUUCCGUCUCACUUGAACUUCAUCCAUAUUCCCAUAUCUUUACCCCUUGUCUUUUCCCCCUACACAUUCUGCACACUACUCAAUAUUCAAUGCUCCCUGCCGUUCAUCGUUCGUUUCAUCCCGCCAUUACGCCUAGCAGCUGGGAAGGCCAAUCUAUCAGGCUUGAGGUCAUCAGCGGCAAAAAUCUCAAAGUUCCUUCCAAGCGCAUUCCCGCAGGCAUUUACACGUUCAUCUGUGUCGAUCCCAGGAGGCCCUGGAAAUCAAUCAACGGAGUCCUAUCAUCAGACGAAUCUGUAUUGCGGGGCGAGACCGUGACCCUAACGCUCGACGCAUCACCCAAAUUAUUACCGGUCAUGUGUACAUCCUUUGAGCUUGGUCGAAUGCUAGGCAAUGGGGAAGUCAUUGGAAAACUAGAAGUGUCAUGGGAUGAGUUGUUUAAUCGUGGAAAUGAGCCCUUUGUUCUGUCCUUCCCACGCGUUCGUGGUGUUCGCCCUUCCCUCACGUAAGGCCACUGUUUUACAGGCUUGCAACAAUCGGGACGGUGUAUCGUUUGUUAAUUGUCGACUGCGAGAUUGCUCGAGACACAGAUGCAGGUCACGCAUGACUCGCCGAAUAUGUGACACGCACAUUGAAGUGGGUCUCUUACCUGAACGAUGCUGUAAAACAUUUUCAGUUAGUUCUGGACCAGUGCCCAGUCAGCUAUCCGGACUGCGCAGCAGCUCUCACUAACCUUGCAUGGGCCC